GGUCGCGUCAUCACCGGUGACGGUGAGGUCAACCGACCCCAACGGCAUCGUCGUCGCAUCUCCAGCGGCAUGUGCUUGUGCUGCCCCGGCAUCUCUUCCUACCGCCGGCCCACUACUCCUCCUUGCUCUCCGCCGCGGCGCCCAUCACGCCGGAGACCAAAGAAAAAAAAAACUGGAGUACUAGCUGGCCUGCUCUCCGCCAUUUCCCCGGAGCCGGGGCACUCCGGUACCUUCCCCACGCCGCUGCAUUCCAGCCCUGCUUGCGUCGCCGCCACCGUCUCUCUCGCGCUGCGUCGGACCGACCUCGCCGGCGCGCUUGGUGACUAUUGGACGAUCACCACUUUGAGUUGGUUCACAUCCUUACCAGGAUGGCUUUUGCUUUACAAUCAAGUGGCAAUUUUUAUAGCACACAACAUAAGUGGCUGCAUUCAACAAGAGGUCAAUCUUUUUAUGGUUCUUCUCAUUCAAAUGCCAAAGAGUGCACUUGCAAAAAGUCAAAAGGGCCUGCUCCAAUAUGUGUUAAAGCUACUUCCACGAAAGUGGAAUUAGAUUUUAACGAUCCAUCUUGGAAACAGAAGUUUCAGGAAAACUGGGAUAAACGUUUUGAUUUGCCACGUAUUACGGAUAUAUAUGAUCUGAAACCAAGGGCAACUACAUUUUCGCUGAAGAAAAACAGGAAUUCUGCAGGUGACGAAAAUGGUACACCUAUGGAUAAAUGGAAUGGUUACGUGAACAAUGAUGAUCGAGCACUUUUGAAGGUGAUAAAGUAUGCAUCGCCUAACUCUGCUGGAGCAGAGUGCAUUGAUCCUGAUUGUAGUUGGGUGGAACAGUGGGUGCAUCGUGCAGGACCUCGUAAGGAGAUAUACUACGAACCAGAGGAAGUAAAGGCUGCUAUAGUUACUUGUGGAGGGCUCUGCCCUGGUUUGAAUGAUGUCAUCAGACAGAUAGUAUUCACCCUAGAGACAUAUGGGGUUAAGAAUAUUGUGGGAAUUCCAUUUGGUUACCGUGGGUUUUUUGAAAAAGGCCUAAAAGAAAUGCCACUCUCACGUCAUCUAGUGGAGAACAUAAAUCUUGCUGGUGGAAGUUACCUAGGAGUCUCUCGUGGAGGAGCUAAAACUAGUGAGAUUGUAGAUAGUAUACAGGCCAGAAGAAUUGAUAUGCUUUUUGUUCUUGGAGGAAAUGGUACCCAUGCAGGAGCAAAUGCUAUCCAUGAAGAGUGUCGGAAGAGAAAGCUAAAAGUUUCAGUUGUAGCAGUUCCAAAGACCAUUGAUAACGAUAUACUGUUGAUGGAUAAGACAUUUGGAUUUGAUACAGCUGUGGAAGAAGCCCAACGGGCCAUUAAUUCUGCUUAUAUAGAGGCACGAAGCGCAUACCAUGGCAUUGGUUUGGUCAAAUUAAUGGGAAGAAGCAGUGGCUUCAUUGCAAUGCACGCUUCCCUUUCAAGUGGGCAGGUUGAUGUCUGCCUAAUACCAGAGGUUCCUUUUACGCUUGAUGGAGAAUAUGGUGUUCUACGGCACCUUGAGCAUUUAUUAGAGACCAAGGGAUUUUGUGUUGUUUGUGUUGCUGAAGCUGCUGGACAGGAUUUAUUACAGAAAUCAGGUGCAACUGAUGCAUCAGGAAAUGUAAUAUUCAGUGACAUUGGUGUUCAUAUGCAACAGAAGAUUAAGAUGCAUUUCAAGGACAUUGGUGUUCCUGCUGAUGUAAAAUACAUUGAUCCAACAUAUAUGGUUCGGGCAUGUCGUGCUAAUGCAUCUGAUGCAAUUUUGUGCACUGUGCUUGGACAAAAUGCUGUCCAUGGAGCAUUUGCUGGGUUCAGUGGCAUCACUUCUUGCAUCUGCAACACGCACUAUGCCUACCUCCCCAUCACAGAAGUCAUAACAGCACCGAAGCGUGUGAACCCUAACAGCAGGAUGUGGCACCGUUGCCUAACGUCCACUGGGCAACCUGAUUUCCACUGAUUCUUAAUCAUCACGACCUGACCAAUUUAUGAGGAUUCUUGCUCGAGAUGAUUUGUUAUUCUUUCUGGUGAUGUGCUUCAUAUUAUGCCACGAGUUACCCCAGAAGAUGUCCAACAAUAGCGUGAUCUGUGAUAAACUUGAUUGAUCAACUUCUUUGCAAGAACUUUUCAUGUAUCAAUACGGCUAUCCAAAGCCAUGACUAGCUAUGGUUGAUCUAAUGUCUUAGUGCCACGGAAGUAAAAUUAUGAAUGGAUUAUACUCUAGAACUCUGUCUCGCUUUUGUAGUUUUGUCUCUUCACCGAAAACUAGUAGUCAAUGACUACCUUAUUCAAGAAUUAGUAUGCAUGAAUACAUCAUAAAAUGGUCAUAGCAUUAUGCUACA